UUCGCAGAUUCAUAAGAGUUUUGGUGAUGUCACGUGACUCUUGAAAAACUAUAGCCUGUUUUACGGGAGUUGCUGAAGAAUGUCAAUACUAGACUAAAACAUGCAAGUAAUCUCUUCACAACAGAAAAUGGCACGAGGGAGAGGACACAAGCCACAAAGAUUUAGAUCAAAAUACACCAGGGGUGAAUCGACCCGGAUAAAGGGCGAAAUGACGUUACCGGGGAGCGAAACGACUCAGGGCGAAAAUGGAUACGGGUGAAAUUGUUUUGGGCAAAACAACCCGGAUUCAACCAAAAGUAUUGACUUAAUGUGCCCAGUGCACUAAAGUGUCUCCUCUCUUCCCAGAAGAAAGGGGAGAAGUUUGAUAAAGAUAGGACUGGAUGAAUAAACGGAAUCUUCCAAGCAUAUACAAGUGCCGAGUAUGGAUGAUUGAUGUGCUAGCAGAGAAAACUUGUGAUGGUGCUUUGAAGAUUUGGUUGCAAUGAAAAUUUGGGAUUUCAACAGAAAAUGGUGCAAAAAGAUUAUACUAGCUAGUGUGGCUCUCACUAGCUUUGUGUUUGUAUUUCAUUGGAUACGAGGAAUCUUCAGCAAUGACAUUUAUGUUUCUUAUUUGAAGAUUCCAAGACCCUCAGGAAUUAUUAAGCUGCAUAUCCCAGAUGAUAUGAAAAGUGGAGUGGCAUAUAUAGAGUACCUCAAGAAACGAUAUGACAAGAUGAAAGACUACAUGUCCACAGCAGCAUCCAGCAACAUAUCAUGUGACAGUCUUAAAGACGAUGCACAAACUCCCUGCAUUGACAACACAUGUAAUGUAUUCUUUUCAACACCGGAAGAAAAUUGGAAAAAGAUGGAAAAUUACCCAUCAUUGAAGUAUGAUGAAUAUCUGGCCAAGAUGAAGGAUUUGGUUAGUGCUGUGGCAUCAGGCAGUGAAAAGAAAAUCGUCAUGGUGACAGCAGCAACAUCAGAGUACUUCUACCGGUCUCAGGGACUUCUUCAAGAACUGCACGAGAAGGUGUUGCGUUACUACAACAACGUGUUUCUCAUCUAUUAUGAUCUCGGCCUGCAUCCGUGUGAACGUCGUCUUAUUGAAAAAUACUGCAGAUGUGAAGUGAAAGACUUUCCAUUUGAAAUAUUUCCUGCACAUGUGAAACAUACCAAAAACUAUGCAUGGAGGCCUCUACUUAUCCAGCUGGAGUUGUUGCAGCAUGAAGUUGUGGCCUGGUUCGAUACAUCUGUCCGAUUUAAACCUCAAAUUGUGGCAAAUAUCUUUAGGAAAGGUGUGAGUUUCGGUAUAAUGCCACUCUAUGGCGAGUUCUCUGUAGCACAACAGUCUGAUGUUAAAAUAUUCCAGUGGUUUGGCGAAGAGCCAUGCUCUUUCUCCAAUUACUUUGAAAUUCAAACUGGACAUAUCAUGUUUUACAAAAGUAGUCUUGUAGAAAGCAUUAUCAAAUAUUGGGUAACAUGUGCUUUAAACAAGGAAUGCAUAUCACCUGAGAACUCCGUGUACGACUGCGAUAGUUCUACUAGGAAGUAUGGAAAGUGUCACAGAUUUGACCAGUCAGCAUUAAGUAUCAUAUUAACUAGACUCUUCCAGGAGUCUAGAGCUGUGUUACAUUUGACCAAAUUUGUUCUUCACAAAAGACAACCAGUCCAUUAUUUCCCAGAAGAACCUUCUCUUUUCUGUCUACAAUAGUGAUUUUAUAUAAUUAUUUAUUUAUACCGUAUGUGUUAUGUGAUUAAAUGUUUUCUGAAAACCA